GGUCACUCUGGCUGCGUCAACUGUCUGGAGUGGAACGAGAGAGGAGACCUCCUGGCCUCAGGUUCGGAUGACCAGCACGCCAUCGUCUGGGAUCCCUUCCGGCACACCAAGCUCAUCACUAUGCACACGGGACACGCAGCCAACAUCUUCUCCGUGAAGCUGGUUGGUUUGGUUCAAUGCUUUAAUGCACUCUAUAAACACUUAAAUGUGUAUUUUGGAUGUUUGAUCAGGGACGGCGAUCACUAUGACGCGCUGCGGGACUGUCUGAAGGCCUUGUCUCUGAACCCGGGUCAUCUGAAGGCACACUUCCGCUUAGCGCGCUGCCUGUUUGAGCUCAAAUACAUCGCCGAGGCUCUGGAGUGUCUAGAUGACUUCAAGGGCAAGUUUCCAGAGCAAGCGCACAGCAGCGCAUGUGACGCGCUUGACAGAGACAUCAAGGCGGCCCUCUUCUCAAAAACAGACUCCUCUGAUGACAAAAAGGGGAACAGCUCCAUCCGCUUCCAUAACUUCAGCCGGAAGGAGUCCAUCCCGGAGGAUGAGAUCGUGCUGAGAGAGCGCAGCUUCGACUACAAGCAUCGCUACUGUGGCCACUGCAACACCACCACUGAUAUUAAAGAAGCCAACUUCUUCGGAAGUAAAGGCCAGUACAUCGUGAGCGGUUCAGACGACGGCUCGUUCUUCAUCUGGGAGAAAGAGACGACGAACCUGGUGCGGAUCUUACAGGGAGACGAGUCUAUAGUGAACUGCCUGCAGCCGCAUCCCAGCUACUGCUUCCUGGCCACCAGCGGCAUCGACCCCGUGGUGCGGCUCUGGAGCCCCAGACCUGAGUCGGAGGAGAAGGAGAACUGUCGGGUGGUGGAGGACAUGGAGAGCGCGGCCCAAGCCAACCAGAGGCGCAUGAACGCGGAUCCGCUGGAGGUGAUGCUGCUGAACAUGGGUUACCGCAUCUCGGGUCUGAGCAGCCGAGGCACCGAGGGCUCCGAUGAUGAAGAGAGCUCGGAGAGCCAGGUUCAGUGCCGCUCCAGCUAGAACGACACCGGAGCGCCAAGCACCUUAGAUAUUUACUUUGCAAUUUCAGUGUGAGCCGCUCUGCAGAAGGAAGCGAGAAAACCAGCUUCCCUCCGAAGCCAAAGCACUUCUAGAUCUGCAACACAUUUUUGGCACCGUUCAGGUUUAAAGCUUGUUUCCAAAGUCGCACAGCGCUUGCGUCUUUCUAAUGCGGGGCUUGCUUGCUUUUGGACGCGAUUUCGUCUCGUUUUGUUUCUUCUCCGAAUGAACUUGAGCACCAGAGGACAGUAAAAAGAGUGUUACUGUUCAAGUAUGUUUAUAGGUCUGCAGCACUUUCUUCUGAAAUACAUUCUGGAAAAAUAAACAGUGUUUCUGUUCGACCCAGACUUGUGGAUGUUCUGGGACUGAAAAUGUUUGUUGUUGAUGACAAUGAUGAUUCGUUAAAGCAAUAAGCCCCGUGAAGCCGUGGUUUACGGUGAAUUUAUAAAAGCUAAUGGCCUAACAACGCCCCUUAGCUGUUAUAAAUUCACAGCUUCACGGGUCUUAC